GUUUGGCCGCAUCCAUGUGUCUUUCUACGUUCCGCCAUCUUUCUUGUGGGCAAACGGCUUUACGCUCUGGCCAAUGAGAAAUUAUAUCACGUGAGAGCUGGGGCUUGAUUCCACGUGGAAGAGCGAGGAAGGAACCGAUAGUCAUCAUGCUACGCCGAGAAGCCCGCCAGAGGCGAGAGUACCUCUACCGGAAAGCCCAAGAGGAGAAACUGAGGACUCUCCAGGAAAAGAAGGAAAAAAUCAAGAAAGCACUAGAUGAGAACUGCCUCAUCCCCACAGAACUGCGGAAGGAGGCCCUUGUGCUUCAGAAGGAGCUUGAAUUUGAUGAUGGAGGUGGAGAAGGAGUGACAAGCCAUGUGGAUGAUGAGUAUCGCUGGGCUGGUGUGGAGGAUCCCCGUAUUAUGGUUACCACUUCUCGUGACCCCAGCUCUCGUCUCAAGAUGUUUGCCAAAGAGAUCAAACUGGUUUUCCCUGGAGCCCAGCGCAUGAACCGCGGCCGACACGAGAUGGGUGCUUUGGUUCGUGCCUGUAAGGCCAAUGGAGUCACUGACCUGCUGAUUGUGCAUGAGCACCGAGGGGUACCUGAUGGGCUUAUAGUCAGCCACUUGCCCUUUGGCCCCACGGCUUACUUCACACUCUGCAACGUGGUCAUGCGCCACGACAUCCCAGACAUUGGCACCAUGUCGGAGGCCCAUCCCCACCUCAUCUUUCACAACUUUACUUCUCGACUUGGACAGCGGGUCUCCAGCAUCCUGAAAUACUUGUUUCCAGUGCCAAAAGAGGACAGCAAACGAGUCAUCACUUUUGCCAACCAAGAGGACUAUAUCUCUUUCCGACACCAUGUUUACAAGAAGUCUGAUCACCGGAAUGUGGAACUCACUGAAGUUGGGCCACGGUUUGAAAUGAAAUUAUAUAUGAUCAAAUUGGGAACCUUGGAGCAGGAGAAUACGGCUGACGUGGAGUGGCGCUGGCACCCAUAUACACGCACAGCCAAGAAACAGAAGUUCCUCAGCACUGAGUAGUUACAUGAAUUCCAAAAUGCCUCUCAAUUUCCCUCUUGUAGGACUUACUUCAUCCCUAUCAAGAUGCUGCGAUGUGCUGACAGGACAAUAAGCCCUGGACUCUUUGGACUUGCCUUUUUUUACGUCAUAGAAUUAAAAUUUGCUCACUGUAGCCAGUAGCUAGCAAUGGAUCCAAUUACCUCCAUGUCUCAUGAAUCUUCUAGUUUGUCAGCAUUUCUUGGCAGUGUGUGGAAAUAGAUGGUACCUAAAAUUGGUAUUGUGAAAUGGAUUCCUUUAACACCUUUCCUUUGCAUCAGCUGAAACCUUCUCCAUAUUGCAAUUGUAUGGAGAAUAUGUGAUAAAGCAGUGGUUUUCAACCUGAGGUCCCCAGAUGUUUUGUCCUUCAACUCCCAGAAAUCCUAACAGCUGAUAAACUGGUUGGGAUUUCUGGGAGUUGAAGGCCAAAACCAUCUGGGGACCCCAACGUUGAGAACUACUGUCAUAAAGGAACAAUGACAUCUGAGAGAUAAAGGUCUCCUUGAUUUUUGCAAACCAUUUGAUACAAUAAAUCCUUGUGUUAGCUCCA